AUGGAAGCCCUCAAAUUGCAAAGAAAGUACCCCGAAGUCAGCCGCGAUGAGAUGUUCGAUCUCAUCAAUCGUUUCAACUCGAUCUCGACAGAUACACCUGGGCGAAUCGACAAGACCGCCGUUCUCCAGGCAAUCCAGGCGACGGGGCAGUCUUAUGAUGUCGCCCGGGAGACGCUCAAGCAUGUCAGCGUUGAUGCGAGUGGAAAGGUAGAGCUCGAAGAUUGGGUUGAGUUGAACGUGAAGAUGAAGAGCCAGCAGGCCAAGGCUUCGCUCCCCACGAGAGCUGGCAAGGUCACCGUCCAAGGAUCUAAUGCGAACGUCAGCCACACUAUCAACGAGGACGAACGGAAGGAAUUCACAAAUCACAUAAAUCUGGUCAUCGAAAACGACCCCGAGAUGGCGUCCAGAUACCCCAUCCCGACGGACACGAUGCAGCUUUUCGACGAAUGCAAAGACGGCCUCAUUCUAUGCAAACUCAUCAACGACUCUGUUCCUGAUACGAUCGAUACGCGUGUCCUCAACAAGGGACAAGGCCGAAAACCUCUAAACGCCUUCCAAAUCACAGAAAACAACAACAUCCUCAUCGCGUCCGCUAAGGCCAUCGGGUGCUCUGUCGUUAACAUCGGCUCUUCCGAUAUCGCUGAGGGGCGGGAACAUCUCAUCCUCGGGCUGAUCUGGCAGAUCAUUCGAAGGGGGUUGCUCGCUCAAGUGGAUAUCAAACUACAUCCCGAGUUAUAUCGCUUGUGCGAGGAAGGCGAGACGGUAGACGACUUGCUCCGCCUGACACCCGAUCAGAUCCUGCUCAGGUGGUUCAACUACCAUCUCAAAGCGGCAGGCUGGCACCGUAAAGUCAACAAUUUCAGCAAAGACGUUUCAGACGGCGAGAACUACACCGUCCUCCUCAACCAACUAAAACCCGAUCAAUGCUCGCGCGCGCCGCUGCAAACCAGAGACAUCCGGCAGCGUGCCGAGGAGGUCCUCCAGAACGCAGCCAACAUCGGAUGCCGAAAGUACCUUACUCCCUCCUCAUUGGUCGCUGGCAACCCCCGUCUUAAUCUCGCGUUUGUGGCCAAUUUGUUCAAUACGCAUCCGGGCUUGGAGCCGCUGGACGAGCAGGAGGCAAAGGACUACGGUGUCGUCGAAGACUUCGACGCGGAGGGCGAGCGCGAGGCUCGGGUGUUUACGCUGUGGCUCAACUCUCUGGGCGUCGAGCCCGGCGUAUUUAACCUGUUCCAGGAUCUCAAGGACGGCCUGAUCAUUCUGCAAGCAUUCGACAAGAUACUCCCGGGAUCAGUCAUCUGGAGGAGAGUGUCGAAGCCCAAGGGCGGCGCCCCUCCUCCCCCGGCGUUCUCGGGCGAGGGUGAAGAGGAAGAGGAUAUUGGUGUCACGCCCAAUCAGAGUCAGCUUUCGAGAUUCAAGCAAGUGGAGAAUACGAACUAUGCUGUGGAGCUGGCACGACAGAACGGGAUGCAUAUGGUGGGUAUACAGGGGGCUGAUAUUGUGGAUGGGUCCAGGACGUUGGUGCUUGGGCUCGUCUGGCAACUCAUGAGAAUGAAUAUCACCAAGACCCUCACUUCCUUGUCAAAGACCAGCGGUGGGCGCUCAAUAAGCGACACGGACAUGCUCAAAUGGGCGAACACCACCGCGCAAAAAUCGAAACCCAGCGUCCGACCCAUCAGGUCGUUCAAAGAUCCCUCAAUCACCACUGGGCUGUUCUUCCUCGACCUCCUAGAUGCUAUUCGCCCAGGUAUCGUUGAUCCCACGCUCGUCAUCGCCGUGUCAGAGAACGGCGAUUAUGAAGAUAGGAGGCAGAACGCGAAAUUGGCCAUCUCGAUUGCGAGGAAAGUUGGCGCGCUGAUCUUCUUGGUGCCAGAGGACAUUGUUGAUGUUCGGUCUCGUCUUAUUAUGACCUUCGUGGGCAGUCUCAUGAGCGUCGCCCAGUGA